UUGGCGGCACCAUGCAAUUAAAUCCACCAACAGUCAUGGCAGCACUGACAAAAUGGGGGUUCAACGACAACAGAGAAGAUGAAUGCACCACAUUACACACAAUGGAAAGACUGAGGGAAGCUGGUGUCUCUGGAGGGUCGGGGACAGACAGCAACCUGCGUGGAAAAAGCCGGAAGAAUAUCCAACCAGCUGAUAACUGGCACCAUUAGCAAGCGGACCCUUUCAUGGACCCUGGAGAGGAGGGAGGAGCAGCUAUGGCAAUGUGCCGCCUGCAAUGAUGCCUAAUCUCCAACCAAUAUGGCAGUCAGUCACUGUCUAUGAUAUUGGUCGAUGGACAUGUGACCUUGACACACUCCCAGGAAUUAGUAAAAAUCUUCCAGCAUGACUACUUUUACUCGAAUACGUGUCACUUUUGAAAAACUAUAUGGAAAGCAUCUCUUGGCAACAAAUAUUGUCACUUGUGGCACUUUACUUGGGGUAGGUGACUGCAUGGUACAACGGAUGAACAUAGCUUAUGAGAAACACAAUGGCAAUACUGUCAAGUACGACUUUGCCCGAACAGGGAGGAUGGUGGCAAUUGGCUUUGUCCUGGGUCCAUUCAACCACUACUGGUACACGUUCCUGGACAGAAUCCUCAAAGGGACAAGCCAGAAGACAGUGCUGAAGAAGAUAGCUUGUGACCAGACAGUGGCUGGACCUUUUUUCUGCACAUCCUUCCUUGUUGGCAUGACUUUAUUGGAGGGUAAAGGUCUUGAUGCUGCUAUAGUCGAGUGGAAGAACAAAUUUCUUCACAUAUACAUGGUUGACUGGAUGUUUUGGCCCCUGGCCCAGUUUGUCAACUUCCGCUUCCUGCCCGGAAGGUUCCGAGUAUUGUAUGUGAGCUCGGCCACUCUUAUCUGGAACUCCUUCCUGUCCUACAUGAAACACAGAUCGGACGAUGAAACAGAAGAAGCAGUGGAGGAGGCUCAUAUACGGUGACAGGUCAGCGGGUAUUCUUGCGGAUGCUGAGACUUGAGGAGAAAAGCCGCAGAGAUCAUUGUUUGAGAUGGUCAUCUCUUGCAUGUAGUGUUUUAAAUUUGUUUGCAGACUUGUAUUGUUUGGGGAUUUUGUGCUUGUUUUAUUUAUAUAUCAUCGGUCAGCUGUUCAGAUGUACCAAGCCCAAAUUUUAAAUUAAAAAAUUUUACUGCAUUUUCUUAGUCUUUGAUAACUGUUGCAUGUGCUAAAGAACCACAUUGAUAAAAUUCAAAUGCGGAAAUUUGAAAAAAGAAGUUUUUAAUGCAAAAUGCAGGAAAAAUGGGCAAAAAAAAUGUUCCUGUUCAGAAAAAAUUUGUUCUGUGGGCUAAUACAUUUGAGGAGUUUGCCGAUGCUAUUUUAUUUGUUAAGUGAAGACAUGAAAGUGAUUUUAUCCCUUCCUCAGUCAAAGGUCGAUUUUGAUGGACAAGACUGAAUUUUUACAUCCUCACCAGUCUCAUUGAAUUUUACUCUUUUUUGAACAUUCCUGUUAAAGAACUUUCAAAGACAUUUCAAAAUGUAGGGUUUCAUGGGUGUAAUCUGUGUGGCUCUGGAGAUACAGCCGACUUGCAAUCUUGGUGGGUUGAGGAAGUCUUUUUGAUGUGUAUGAAGCUAUGUAUGUGUAUAAAAGGAAUAUGCAUGAAUUAGAAAAAAUUCAGGACCUGAAAAUCUGUUUGCAAUGUGUAUAUUUUGCAGUUUACAUAUCGUCGGCAGAGAAUUCUAACCGUCUAACUCGAAAUUUUCUCGAAUUGCUUUUUUCCUUAAAAUAGAUCGACAUAACGAAUGGCUACGUCCUAUUAAAAUCUAGAACAAUUUUGACAAACAAAAGUCUUGUUUUAAAGAGAAAUUCUAACCGUAUAUUCCGACUGGCUUCCGUGACUGAAGAAUUCUAACCGUCUAACUUGUUUAGGUAGUCCGCCAUUGUGGAUCACGGCGAUAACGUUUUGCUCUAAAGGAGGCGUUUGAUUAUAAAUAAAAUUCUUUUUUCCUGAAAAUAGAUCGACAUGACGAAUGGCUACGUCCUAUUAAAAUCUAGAACAAUUUUGACAAACAAAAGUCUUGUUUUAAAGAGAAAUUCUAACCGUAUAUUCCGACUGGCUUCCGUGACUGAAGAAUUCUUAGUAUUCUAACUGUCUAACUCGUUUAGGUAGCCCGUCAUUGUGGAUCACGGCGAUAAUGUUUUGCUCUGAAGGAGGCGUUUGAUUAUAAAUAAAAUGUAAAAUCAGAAAAGGC